AAGAAAAUACAUAAAAAAUAAGACGAUCUGAAGAGCAUAAUUAAAAAAAUAUUUAUGAAUCAACCCAAAACCCGUCAGUUUGAAUAAUGUCAUAAAGUGCCGAGGCCUCCAUAAAGUGAACGACUCAGAUUUGAGGCGGGAGAAAAGAGCUCCCAUAUAAGGGCUUCGAGAGUAAGGCCAAAGACCUUCUUCUGGUGGUGUUGUAUACUGCGGCAAUCGGGAAAGUGUGCCGUAUGCGUCCAUAUGUCAUCCAAACAACGCAGCGCCAGGAGAUGAGACCCGAAUGCAAGGACUAGUGACGGUGACGGAGGCGAGGGAAUAAAAACAAUAAAAUUAGCUUCCGACAGUGCGCCGACCGGAGAGCAUGUAAACACAAACAACGCACGAGCAAUUCACUUUGGGAAGCACCCUGCAGCGGAGUUGUUGUUAUGGUGGAAACGACGGUGGUGGACGCCAGCUGAGCUCAAGUGGGCAAUUAAAAAUUAAUGUGGAAACAAGUCAAUCUUUUCGAAGACAGCCAACGACGAAGAAAGGAAAACGGCUCCCCUCGGCGGCUAAUCAUUAUGGGAAAAGUGUGAACAGGGUGUGAACCUACGUCGGAAUUCAAAGUGUGCGAGUGUUAAGCCGGUGACGUGAGAAUAUUUUCUUCGGAAAAAUCGAAUUUGGGAGAGAGUGCUUUUGGCAACGAAAGAAGAAAAACAUGUGGUGGCUACCUUCGACGAGUAGUGGCGGAUUGUACGACAGCAUGAGGAUCGGUGGCAGUUGCCUCCUCCGGAGGCUCAUCAGCAUCGCAAUACUGUUACAAAUUGUUGCAAAUUUCGAUUGCGGCGCCGGAGCGAUACGAAACGUCCACCUGGUGGUGGACCCGCCAGCCGUCCGACGAUCACACCACGCCACCCUGCGCUGUCUGUACGACCUGGGCGACUCGCCGCUCUACUCGGUCAAGUUCUACCGGGGCCUGCGGGAGUUCUACCGAUACCUCCCGAGCGAGUACCCGGAGAAGAAGGCCAUCCCCUUUCCGGGCAUCAACGUGGACCUGAUGCUUUCAAACGCCAGUCAGGUAGUGAUCCGAAACGUUGGCUUCGGACUGUCUGGAAACUUUUCCUGCGAGGUCACCGCGGACGCGCCGCUCUACUCGACGGCGACCGGACACAUCCAGAUGCAGGUGGUCGAACUGCCGGAGGGUGGCCCAACCCUGUGGACGGAGCAUAAUCGCUACGAGGCCGGAGAUGUCCUGCGGGCGAACUGCAGUUCGCCACCUUCCCGACCCCGGGCGGACCUGAAGUUGACACUCAACAACAUUGUGAUUUUCACCCCGGAUCAGACGUCGCGGACUACGACGGACAAUCUCGUGACCACGGCCAUUUCGUUGCGGAUUCAUCUGCAGAGCUCGCACUUUACCGGUGGGGUCCAGAUGAUGGGCGGCGGUGGCGGCAGUGGAGGUGGGGCCGGCGGCACCCUCGUCCUGCGGUGUACGGCCACGAUCGGGACGCUGUACGAGCGGUACUCGGAGCUGGAGCUGGGGGCGCCACAACGGGAUCCGGUUCCCGCGAGGGUCACACUAACGGGCGCCGCCACGAGUAUCCACAACUCAUCCACCGCCCUGCUACUGGCGUUAUUCUCCCUGUUUCUGGUGUCCCUGAUGACACGCGAUCGAUUAGCUGCGGUGGAGGCAUUCGCCACUGCAUCGCCGUCGCCGGUUCAUCGAAGAUAGUCAGCUUGAACGAGAGCGACACACAAGGGUACAGGCUCCACUUCCAGCACCAGAAAGCGAACCAGCAACGGAGCAAACAUUGGACAGCGGAUGGUGACCACCCCCCCCGAAUGUUUCCCCGAUCGAAUGGCGCUGAAUGAUACAUAAUUGAAAAAUUUCCCUUGAUAACCUCCUCCUCCUUCGUGGAUAGAAUUUUGUUUCACUAGUAAUAGGAUGGGAAAAAAGUAACAAGGCAAAUGCAGUUUCCAAGGGAGUUCCAUCGAUGGAAGCUCGAAUGGUUUUUGGGUAUUGAAUGUAAAAGUGUCGUGUAAGUAAGGAGGGGUGGUCCUGAUAGCGGUGUUAUCGCUCCCAAUACGAACACCUUUUAGCAGUAUGGGUUAAUUGUAAAGCAAACGGCGGGUUCGACUCAGCAGGAGGGUCAUCAUCGUCGUCACGACAAACUUUAAUGAUAAUUUUAUGUAGGUUUCCAGUGGUCAUGUUUUAUUCAGAAACGACAUCCAAGUCGUUGAUACUGAGCUAAAUUGCUUUUCACGAGCAUUGGGAAUCCUUGAAUUGCUGCUAUUGGUACUUUUGAUAAUGAACAUGUUCGAGUUUUGCACACUGGCACAAACAAAUUUAACACAGUUUUUCAGCAGAAGAGUUAAAUUCGAAAGCAAAAGAACGAAAUUAAAUUUAAUUCACCUUUGUUAUACAUCAUUCCAAUUUCCACAACAUAGGGUGCGGUCAAUUUUUAAGAUUUUCCUUGAAAUCUCAAAAGCGUCUACCUUUAAAAUUUUACAAGACGAUUUUUUAAAAACUUUGUAAUCCAAAUUUAUACUUAGGCGUUUUCGAUUGAUCUAAUAUCAAACAUUUUGCUUCCAUCGACACGAUAUAACACAAAAAUUAAACUAAUAUUGGCUCUUUUACAAGCACUCAUCACAGAAAUUUUGGCGUAAUCAUCAAAUCAAAACAGUUGGACAAAAUAUAGAUAGAUAAGUUAAUGAAGUAACAUGAUUUUAUCCUCAAAGUUUGAAGUUAAGUAAAAAUUUGUCAAUUUGAAGAAAUAUGAGGUUUUUAAUUUUUGAUUAUCUUUAUGAAAGCUCUAUUGCAAUAAAAUCGCAUUCAUAUAAUAAGCCGCACCCUUACACCCGCUCAUUUUUACUACCAAUAGCCGCUGGGGUUGGUAUUUUUUGUCCUCGAAGUGGUAAGCGGAGGGGGAGAAUGUUGGGAAAAAUUAGACAGUGGAAAUGCGAUCAGCAAGAACACGCUGAUGAGGAUGACGACGACGACGACGAUGCGAUGGCGAGAUGAUGAUGUUGUAGCCUGGCCUGGCCAAGGGGGUGCAGCGAUAUGUUAAAAGUCGUAGACACAGGGGGGAUGGGUCAUAUGGGCAUCCCCCGGGGCGGAGCACAUGAUAAAAUUUAAUUUUAAUUUAACGACAGCGAAGAACCGUGUGAUAGAUGGCGAGGGCAGUGGGAGCUAAGAGCGGUGUCUGCAAAUAGUAGUUUAAACGUAGAAGUGUAUCCGUCGCUGUUGCCGUGUUAGAUUCUAGUGAGAGGCGAGAUCGGCCGAGCUGCCGAGAAGUGAGAAUAGCAAAUUACAGAUUUCGAAUGAACGAAGAGUGUGCACCGGAACUAUGGAGUGAACGCGCAACCGUAACGGGCAGAGAGGAAUAUAUUAUUGCUGCUACUAAACGUUAAUGUAAAUGUUAAAUAAUUAUAUUAAGGGAAACCCGUUUUAUAUGUCCCAAAGAAGAAGCCCAAAAAUAAAGCAGUAAACGCGUAAGAAGAAGCAAAUAUUGAACGGAAGUAGGAAGGAUGCGUAGCGAAAAGAUAGUUGCUAUGAAAUCGAGUAGAAAAAAAGCGAAAACACGCUCCUAAUGAACAGCAGAAAUCCCAAUUUGAUGGACCGUGUUACUGUGAGCAUUAACAGCUAAUUGCAUGAAUUUGACAAAUCGAUAUUUUCUGAAGAUAUU